AUGAGGUAUCAAGACAGCAUCACUAUAAACUCAACUUUUAAUCAGCGAUUGCAUCUUCUGGAGCUGCAUCAUUCAGAGGCAGACACCCUGCUCCACGUUCACUCAGCACUGCUGUACGAGCUGCAGGCGCAGCUCCGAAACCUGUCGGCAUCCGUGCAGCACAUGAACCGCGACAAGGGCUGCACAAUCAACAUCAUCAGAGCUAUGCCACCUCUUGGCAUGAGAGACACACUGCCACCAGUACUGCACGCUGCACCUUUAACAGUCUCUCUUUCUGUGUCCCUUUCAGAUGGACGCUUCCUGUCUUUUUGCCCAUCAGACUGUGCAUCUCUGUAUCACAAUGGUGUUCGACAUUCCGGUGUUUACACCGUCAUUAUGUUUCCAGGCACCAUCUUGCCGGUGUACUGCGACAUGGACACAGAGGGUGGGGGCUGGACGGUGUUUCAGCGGCGGCGUGAUGGCUCAGUAAACUUUAACCGAGGUUGGUUGGAGUAUCGUGAUGGCUUUGGUGAAGCGCGAGGCGAACACUGGCUGGGCAACCAACACCUUCACCUGCUGUCCAACCAGGGUCACUACAGCCUGCGCAUCGACCUGCAGGACUGGAGCCACGUCCACAGAUACGCUCUGUAUCAGUCCUUCAGGAUAGAUAACGAGGAAAAUGACUAUCGCCUCCACGUGUCUGGUUUCAGUGGAACGGUGGAGGAUUCAUUCGGUUGGUACCAUGACCAACACGGUUUCAGCACGCCGGACACAGGAAACAUCUGUGCUGAGAUCAGCCACGCAGGCUGGUGGUUUCACCAGUGUUUCUAUGCCAACCUCAAUGGAGUCUACUACAAGGGGGGCCGCUACUCUCUGAAAGCUAACAACUUGUUGGGGCCCGACGGCAUCGUGUGGUUCUCCUGGAGGGAUUCAGACUUUUAUUCUAUGAAGGCGGUCACCAUGAUGAUACGGCCGCGAAACUUCAGGCCACGCCUGUCACCAUAGUGACAAGCAUUGUUGUUAUUGAACAAUUUGAAGCUCAGCUAGCAGCUUCCAAAACGAGCUGCCAAAGUACCAUUAUACCCAUUAUAUAUUACUCAGCUGCCUAAAAAUAGUGCCCCUACAUGCUUUAUUUUUCCUUUUAUACAUGACUUUUCCUACAAACUACAGGGAGUGAACUUUUUAUUUCUUAAUAAAUCAU